AUGACAGACAAGGGUGUAUUAAGAAGUAUCGAAUUCAGAAACGAUCACGAUUACAGUCUUCAAUUAAAUCGAUGGUACCUCAAACCGAUCGGCGCUUGGCCGGAAAUAAAUGAAUCUAGCGUUGUAGAAAAUAUCUUUGUGCCGGUACAGAUUUUAAUUUGUUGGACGAUGGCAAUUUUCAUAGGGGGGCCGUGCCUGUUAUACAUAUUAUUCGAAGCAGAGAAUAUCCCGGCGAAACUGAACGCGAUAGGUCCACUCUUUCAUAGGGCUAUGGGUUCGGUAAAUUAUCUGACAUUGCUCAAACGUAGAAGAGAUCUUCGCGAUUGUAUAAAACACAUGGAGAAAGACUGGCAACUAAUCCAAAGGAUUGACAACCGUGAGAUUAUGAUACAAUACGCCAAAUUCGGCCGCCUCAUCUCCGGAAUUUGUGGAGUAAUUAUGCAAGGCAGUACUAUGCUUUUUAGUAUAACCAGGGCGAUGAAAACUGUAACCAUCGUGAUCGAUAAUCAGACCAUGACGAUGUAUCCGAUGACAUGUCCAUCGUACCAAAAAUUUAUCGACACUAGGUUUAGUCCCAUGAAUGAAAUUGUGCUGUCUGUGCAAUUCUUGUCAAUAUUCGUAAUAGGUGCCUCUACAGCAGGUAUCUGUAGCUUAGCUGCUGUAUUCGCAACACAUGCGUGCGGCCAAUUAAACAUCCUGUACAAACGUUUGUACGAACUAGACAAGAAUAAUGAGAAAAAGAACAAUUCAGCUGAACAAAAAAUGGCCGUCAUCGUGGAGCAUCAUUUGAGAAUAUUAAGUCUAAUAUCGCGCAUGGAGAGUAUUAUGCACAACGCCUGUCUUGUGGAAAUAAUAGGAAGCACAAUAAGUAUAUGUUUACUUGGAUAUUAUUCCAUCAUGCAUUGGGCUAAUUUUGAUGGUGCAAAAAUAACAUCUUAUGUUAUUGUAUACGUUUCGUUAAGUUUCAAUCUUUUUAUAUUUUGUUAUAUUGGUGAAAUUCUCACAGAACAGUGUAAAAAU